AUGGCCGUCGGUGUCGGUAUGAAAACGGUUGCGAACUUUGAAGAGCAGCUAAAAAAGUGGAACAGGCCGAAUUUCUGGCAACAUUUGCAUCUGGUGAGAUAUUUUUUCGAUCAUUUACGAAUUUCGGCACAAAUUUUGUGGUUUUCGCGUUUUUUGCCGGGUUUUGAGUGUUUAGGUUAAAAAAUUCGUAAAUGUUAUAAGAACACUAGAAUUUAUCGAACUUUGCAGCAAGACCCCGCCAAAUUCGUCUUCGGCAACAAUGUCGGAUUGAUCAUCGACGAUCCGGUUCACAUGGAUAUUGUGAAGGACAUUUCGACAGAAUUUCACCGAAAUUUACUUCGAGAACGUGAUGCGCUCAUGAGGUGAGAGAAAAAUCGUGAGUCUCUGGAAACAUUUCAAACAUUUCAGUCAAAGCCCCGCGCCGUUGGAUGACGUCACCUACCUUGAUAUCUACACCGACCUCAAGAAAGUGUUCAAUCCGACGAAUAAUUUAACUUCUGAUUUGCACUUUUUUCUCGAUUUGCACUUGUUUCAAGAGAUUAUUGGCGGAACGGCAAAGCGCGCCAGCUUGUCGAAGGUCCGCGAGACGAUUUACAGUCGUUUCGUACGACUUUUCUCGAAAUACCGACAAUAUAUCGGCGAGAGAGCGGUCGAAAUGCUCGUGGAACGAUUCGUACAGUUCUUGCGAGAGACUGUCGUUCAAUUGUGGUCGGAAUUUAAUGAAAUUCAUGUUUCACAACUGAAAUUUCGAUUUCCAGGUCGUUGAGAAGGAUGUCGUUGCAAAACGAGUACUUCCCGUCGCCCGACGAAUUCUACCGCGACGCCGUCGCCCGAUCGGUCAGCUUUUUCGGCGUUUUCGAGCUGAUCCGAAGAGUUCAGCGCAACGAGAAUACGGUCAGCAUGGUUAUUGAGGUGAGCAAUUGAAAAUUUCCUGAAAAUUAUGAACAUUUCUUGCAGAUCAGCCGCAUUUCAUCAGCGGAACUGUCGAAUUUGGUCUUCGACCCGCUAUUCUCGCCAAUGUUCCCACCGCAAUUCGUGCGAGCCUUUGGAAAUUGGCUCAAAACAUUCCGAGAACGAAUUCGCCGCUUUUAUGUGUUCAAAUUGGCCGUUUUUUGGUAGAAAUUUAACGGAAACCGAGAAAAUUGCAAAAUUAUGUUUACAGUAAGCUAAAAGUUGGCAAACCGGUGACCCCGAGUCAAGUGGCGCUUUUCUGUCUGGACGCUCUCGCCGAGCUGCUGAACGACGAUCAAUUCAUGCUUUUCGACGAUAGAUGGGCGGAGCAUUUCAAAAAUUUGCUCGUCGAGCUGAACAUAUGCGACCCGGACGAGCAAAUGGAGAAAGAGCUGAAGAUGGACGAGUUUCAGAACGUUCUUAUUCACGGUGAGCCAGUGCCCACAAUUUUCACCUCAAUUUCAUGAAUUUUCUGCAGGAAACUCGCGUCUGUGCUCUCAACUCUCGCACAUUUACACGAAUCCGCACAUUCAGGAGCAAAGAUCCGUUCUCGCACACCUGUUCCGUUUUGUGCUCCGUUUCUCCGCCGAUUUCGUUCGUCACUGCUUUUCGAUGCAAAUUGGCGAACGCGGAAAGCUCUACUUUGUGUACGACGGACAGUUCGAGGAACUCGGAUUUCCGGGCGCGUACGUCGCGAUGGACGGCACCGAAGAAGAUUACGUGCAAAAAUUGCGAAAAGACGAAGAAUCUGCGGUUCGAGUUUGCAUUUUGAGACGGACAUUUUGAAAUUGCUCAACUUACAGAACAUUGAGAGCGGAACGGAACCGCAGACUGUCUAUGGAGCUGAUUCUUCGGUAACUUUUGGGCAAAUAAACGAUAGGAAUCUGAAAAACUUGAUUUUCAGCUGCCAGAAGUGCCACUCGACUCGGAUCCGUUCGACGAUUCCGUUCGCAGCAGUGAAGAGGACUUGGGUUUGUUGACCCCGGAUUCUCUGGAUUCCUCGACGCAUUUCAUCUUCCCGCCGCCGCAUUACUUUUCGCCGAAUCCGUUUGAUCCGUACUCCGCCAGAGUGCGUUUAUAUAUUAUUUUGAAUUUUCCACAUAAGAACUGAAAUUUUCAGAAGCCGUCGACGGAGGCCGUUUUCAACCAAUGUCACACUCAAAUUUCAAACAGACGCCGAAAGGUUUGAGUUCUUCAUGCAAAUGUUAGUAUUUCACGAAAUUUCAGGCUCUGUCACAUCUGUACCCAACUCCGCCCACAUCGCCGGAGCCAUUGGUACCGGUUUUCGUGGAGAAUCUAUCAAAAACUGAUAAAUUUGCAGCAUGUACCAUUGGUUUCAUCGUCAAAUUGCAACAAUUUCACGGCGCCACGCGAAUCUCGUCGUGAUCGACGACAAAAUAAGGUCUAGAAAGUUUUUCAGCGGUUGUUGAAUAUUUUUAUUUUCAGAAACAUCGUCGCAACGUCACUCCAGUCGCCAAUGCAAGAUUUAUGGAGACGGAGGAGGAGGAGAACGAGGAGAACCUUCCGUUCUUUGACAACAACUCGAACCAAAUGGACAAUUUUGCCGGGAACACUCAGGGCUGCCAGAUUCCAUUGUACUUUUUAUGCUUUUCUCACAUUUUUCUAUUUUUCUCUCGAAAAUACCGCUUCUCAGAGAGCUGGCAGAAAAAAUGCCGGUUUUCUACGUUUUUUUUUUUUUGAGAAAUCGCUCGAAUUGCGCCCGCUACUACUUUUUUGUUGAUUUUCAGUCGUAAAAUGCUCAAGAAUGCAUUUGAUCUAUUUUGGUGGUGACCUAAACCUAAAAAGUGUUGACAGUGGAAUUGCAAGAAAACCGUUGAGAAACGAGCAUAUUAUGACUGAAAAUCGCAAUGAAACACAGGCGAAUAUUUCACGAAAUUACUAUCAGAAAUCUAAGCUUCUCGAAAAUGUCUGCAUUUCUUGCAGGUGGAUCAUGUACAAUUACCCGCUCAUCGAAACGUGCAACGCUUCAAACAACGAGAAUCCGCAGGCAAUGGAAAAUUGA